CGCAGCCCUAGUGAGCAACAAAGAUGGAGUGACGCUUUCGACUUGUGUCGUUUUUGGAAAGCACGUAUAUAGCUAUUGCGGACUUUAGCCAUUACGAAAGCAUGACAAACAUGAUAAAUAGAAAUUUUAUAUUAACCUCGAGAACAGUUUGCUCUGUACAAAACGGUGAGAUUAUUAACAAAUAAUGUAGGUACCUAAAACGGAACAUGAGCGACGAUUUUCUCAGAAUCUUUUUUACAACCCAAAAUAUAUCAAAUUUUAAUAAAAUUUCAAAGAAAUCGGAGGGGGGGAGCCGUUAUAUUCAAGAUUUAAGACUAUGGCAGAGAAAGGUGCUCAUUUGACUGGAACCACGUACAUCAGGCCUUCUAUCUUUGAAAUUAUUGCACAGGAAUCACUUGCGUCUACUCUUGAGCCAGCUUUUAAAAAGAUUUUUUCGAUUCUUGUCUCUUUUAAUCUUGAAAGAUAUGGGCAUAUUCUUCAAUGGACAGAUGAAGGUUAUUUAAUUUUUAAUGUGCUUCUUCAACGAUAUUACCUAAAGAGAUAUUCUGCGUCAUUUUCUGAAACAUUUUACGGUUUGAAGCGUGUCACAGUAGUUAAUUCUACGUUGAAGGAAAAAUUAACAUAUAAACAACAAAUACUAUCGUUAAUAUUAAUUGUGACAUUUCCGUAUUUAAAGAAUAAGCUUGCGCAACUCAGUACAAGAUAUAAGUUUCAAGAAGCAGACGGUUAUAUAUCAAGAGGGAGAAGACAGAAGUUUUUCCGUAAAUGUGUUGUUAAAGGACAUUCAAUUCUCUUUAUAACAUACGAAACUCUCGUGCUAUAUAAUUACGUACUUUAUAUAUCUGAGAAAUCAAUGUAUCCAUCACCCUUACUGAGGCCACUGUCUGUUACACUGACAUAUGCCGAUCCGCAAUCCACUCUUACUAUCGCCGAAUUAUUGAGAAAGAUAAAAUACAAUUCAUUCACCUUUGGUGAUGGAUGGAAUAUAUUUCAAAGAAUCGUUACUGGAUCUCUUGAAUUGGGAGCUUUCUUCUUACAAUUUCUUUCUUGGUGGAGCCAAGAAAAUUAUGAUAUGGAUAUUAUGAGUCUUCCAGCUCCACCACCACCAAAAGUGCCAAACGUAGCGCAGCAAUAUAAAGGAAUUUGUCCGCUCUGCUGUAAACCUCAUCGUAUACAUACCGUGCUUAUGGUAUCUGGUUACGUGUUCUGCUAUCAAUGUAUUUUAUCGGAAAUACGGAUGAACAAGAGAUGUCCAGUAACCCAUUAUCCUGCUAAAGAAGAUGAUCUAAUACGCCUAUAUAUAGAAUGAUAUGUUGUGCACCUGUAAUUUGUAAUAUUUAUAAUUUUUAAUAUAUGUAUAUAGAAUAAUGUAUUAAAUAUAGAGAUAAAGAAUUCAGAAAAUUAGUGUCGAGAGAA